AUGAAGACCCCCGUCGACCGCGCGCGCCUCGUCCCCGCGCACGCGGACGAGGUCAAGACGCGACAGCUGAAAGUGCACGUCCUGAUCCACAAGCACGCGCGGCGGAGGUCCAAGCUCCGCGGCGCCGAGCUCGCGUCGAGGCGGGGAAGCGUCGGGGGAGACGCGUUGCGCGCGAGCGUGUGUUUCCAGCGCGGGCUCGACCUGUACGAGGGCGCGGGGGUGAAGCGCGACGCCGCCGCGGCGUUCGCGUGCUGGCGCGAGGCCGCAUCGCGCGGAGACGUCGACGCGAUGUAUAACGUCGGGGUGAUGUACAACGACGGCGACGGCGUCGAGAGGUGCGUCGCGAAAGCGCUGACGUGGUUCGGGGAAGCCGCGAAGCGAGGGGACGCCGAAGCCGCGGCGUGGUGCGCGCGACUUCGCGCGCCGUCCUCGGGGUGA